AUGGCCAGCCACCAUGGCAGCGGCGGCAGCGGCAGCAGCAGCAGCCUGGGCGGGUAUCCACCUGCCUCAGCUGGGCAUCCGCCUUCCAACCCCAGCGCCGCCGCCACCCGCCCCGCCUCACCCCCCCCCUGCCUCCCAGCCGCCCCCUGCCGGACACCUCCUCCUCCUUCUGCCCCUGCGGCCCCCCCGUCCGCCUGGCACCCUGAGAGCCCCCGCCAGGCCCAGACGGCAGCAGCUGCCGCCCAGCGGAGCUCGCUGGAGGUUAAGGUCGGCCCGGACGCCGUGGUGGGGCCCCAGAUAACUCUGACGGGGGGGGAGUGGAGCCCAGGCCCCGGCGGGAAAGAGGGGCCUCCUGGGUCUUCGGGGCCGUGGGGCGUGCCGCGGCCCGGCACGGGCCCCGGGGCGCUGAAGAUGGAGGGGGCGGGGCUAGGAGGAGGAGCCGGCGGUGUGGGAGGGUGUCGUGGUGGGGGCUCGGGGGUGGGGUUGGGGGUGGGCGGUGCAGGGCUGUCGCUGGGGAGCGCGGGACAAAGCCCCAGCAGCCCUCGCUCGUUCUCCUCCUCGUCUCCGUUCUCGCCGUCCCCCUCCGGGCCCUCCCCUGACACCUGGCCCGGGACACCCCUCCUACCUUCCCAGGGCCUCCUCCUCGCCGCCGGUCCGCAGAAGCCUCUGGCGUCGGGUCCGUCUCUGGGCCCCCCGGACCAGGACCCCGCCUCCGGACGCCCGUCCCUGGGAUCGCCGGGCUUCCAGAACACCGACGGGACGCCGGCCGGACUGGGGGGCCCCGUCCGGACGGAGCCGGCGGGCCGCGAGGCCGAGGGCCCGGCCGCGCCGGGGAGGUGCCGGUCCGGCACGGAGGCCCCGCCCCGGGAGCUCCCCCAGCGCGGAACGGUGCGGCGCGCCAUGUCCGACUGCUCCCACCUUGCCGUCCCCAGCAUGGUGGCCGAGUCCUACCCGUCGCCCGGCAACGCCAGCGGCUCGCCGGGGUCCCCGGGGUCGGCGGCCACCAGGCCCCACCCCCCCCACGCGGCCGUGCGCCGCUCGUUCACCGUCUCCGACGAGCGUGCGGCCGGCGGCGUCUCCAUGGCGAUGGCGAGCAUGAUGCCGUUCCAGCUGACGGCGGGGCCCGCCGCCAUGCCCUCGUCCCCGCCCCCCCGGAGGCACGACGGCAGCUGCGAGACCAGCGUGCUACUUCCUGUCCCGCCCUCUGUCGUCCCGCCCGUCAACGGUUUCCAUAGCAAUUGGCCCAACAUGGCGGGGAAACCAGACAACAAGGACAAGCAGGAGAAGGUUGACGACAAGAAGGAGAAGGAGAAGGAGGUGCAGAAACAGGAGCUCCAGGACAAGGGCCUGAAGUCGGAGAAGAUCCUGAAGGAGGAGGAGGCGGUGAAGGCAGAGAAGUCGCUCCUGGACAGGAACGAGAAGAUGGGCGAGAAGAUGGGCGAGAAGAUGGGCGAGAAGAAGGACAAGCCGGAGAAGACCAACAAAGAUGAGAAGGAGGAGGAGAAGAAGAAGGGAGAGGAGAAGAAGGUGGAAAAAGAGGAGAAGGGGGGGAAGGCCGUGGCCAAGUCUCCCACCGCUGCUAAGGGUCUGCCCAGCCCCAAUGGGAAGAACAAGCCUGACGCGGGGUCGGCCAAACCAAACGCAACCAAAUCCCGCCCAUCCACACUUUCGACCAAUGGUGAGGCCAGCUCGGCCAAGCGCCCCUCCCCCACCACCGCCUCGGCCAAUAAAAAAAGCCCCGGUACCAAGGCGACCACUCCUACUGCGGCCAAGAAGGCUGCCAAGACUCCAGACAACAGCACAGCCGAGAAACGCCCAGCUGUGCCAAAGGCCACGCCCACUCCCCGUGCGAGCGUCAAUAAGCCCGCCUCCCCAGGUAACAAGGUGGACAAGCCUGAGGGCAAAGCCGCAGACACCAAGAAAGCUGCCACCCCUAAGACCACAGCUCCCCGUCCCCGCCCCCGUCCAGCCCCGGGCCCCUCCCCCUCCCCGACUCAGGGCGCUGCCGCCGCCUCCAACGGCGAGCUGUCCCACCGCCGCCGGACCCUGACCAAGCCCCCCGUGCCCAAGCAGACCCCCGUGGACAAGAAGGCGGCGGCCGCGCCCCGCCCGCCCCGCACCCCCCGGCCCCUCAACACGCCCACCCCCGACCUGAAGAACAUCCGCUCCAAGAUCGGCUCCACCGACAACAUCAAGUACCAGCCCGGGGGAGGCAAGGUCACCCAGAACAGCAAGACCUCUGACUCCUCAACCCCAGCAGCAAAGCCCAGAGUUCAGAUAGUGCACAAAAAGCUGGACUUCAGUCACAUCACGUCUCGCUGUGGCUCCAAGGACAAUAUCAAACAUGUCCCCGGGGGGGGCAACGUGCAGAUUCUGAACAGGAAGGUUGACCUGAGCAAGGUGACUUCCAAAUGUGGCUCCAAGGACAACAUCAAACAUAAGCCAGGCGGUGGCGACGUGAAGAUUGAGUCUCAUAAAAUGAGUAUCAAGGCGAAGUCCAAGAUCGGCUCCCUGGACAAUGUGGGACUGGACCCGCUGAGCAGCGGAGCCACCAACGGGCACAAGGAGAAAGCUGAGAACAAAGCAUCCACUUCCCCAAGCACAGCCCCGACGACAGGACCAGGAAGUGUUGCCAAGGCCGGGGCGGCCCCGGGAAGCGUUGCCAAGGAGAACGGGGUGAAGGAGCCCAUGCCCAGCACACCUUUUGGGGGUGACGGACUGAAUCAGCCCCUUAGCAUGAACAAACAAAUGACUGAGACAAAUUGAGUCUCAAUGGUGGUUAACCUUUUGGCGGGAAAACUGCGCUUGCCCUCCUGCCUACAGACAACCAACCAACCAACCACGGUCCUUCAUCCCGCCCACUGCAGCACCGAACCGACCAAUCGCCUCAUAGUGAUUCUCUGGGAGGGUCCACCUGCCAGCUUCUGCUAAAACCCCUCCCACCGUUUGACCUUGUGGUGACCUUCGAUUGACCUUUCACUCUCCUCUGCAGUAGGGACGAAACACAUCCUGUUUAUCUGUGUUUCCCUGUUUCUGGUACCACUGUCUUCUACUCACUUAAACAACUAACAAGUAGGUUUAAACAAAACACCCUCUAAAUAUCUUCCACAGUACCCCUUUAACUCCUGACUUGUGUGCAUGUUCACACUGUCCACGGGGGAGUCAUUUCACAUACGUCUACUAGACUAGAUACAGUAAAUCCAUAUAUAACCAGUCCUUAUUCUUCUCACUGUACUCCAUGCAAACAUUUUCUCAGACACCUCAGUCACCUUUUAGUCACAGUUUUUGAGCUUCUGAACUUUGACCCCAGUUCCACUGCUGCUCAGGUGCAGAUAUACUAGUUCCCUAAAGCUCUAUAUUACACUUUAUUUACCAUUUUCUCAGUCACAAGCAUUCACUCUCUUAGACUAGUACACCACAUCUUUCUCCCCUUUGUCUCUAUGGACAAAUCAUAGUAAUUUGCCCCAACACGCUAAAGGCUAGCUAGGUAAUUAGCGACUGAGUUAGCUAAGUGGCUAACCCAUUAAGGCCGAGAAUCAGACGAGUCGCUUUGAAUCUGCACAUUCCAGUCACCAGGACAACCAGCGUUGACGUCAGAGCUUAUCUCUACUGACACUCUCAUAGGCCUCCUUGCAUACCACUUCUGCAGCAAGCUAGCGUAGCGUAGCUGUGGUGCUGUGUACUGUUCCGCCUGUAUUUGGUUCUGUGCGUUGUGGUUUGCGCUAACAGACAGUUAGGGACGAGACUCUGAGGAAAGAUCAUUCUUAAACUGCUUGGUCAAUUCUGAAAAGCGCCUCAAUGGUCUGUUUGUUUCAAUGAGCCUUGGCCAUAGGUUUAAAAUGCUUUGAGAGGUAAGAUGCACAUCAUCGCUGUGUAUCCUUUGGGUUGAGAAGAUAAGAUGAGAUGGAACUGUGUUGGUCCCAGACAGCAAAUUCAGGUGCAAUGGCAGCAAGAAUAGGCACUAAAAUAAUAAUUCAGAGACUCAACUCUCAACUAAAAACGAUAUUUAUUAAUGUAUUUAUUUUCUGUGUGUAUUCCACUAUCCACUUUUGUUCCUGGAGAUAGACAUGAGGACAGACAAACAGACAGACAGGCAGCUGCCAUUGAUGCAUUAUAGUGGCUGAGUGAGGCACUUCCUGGUGAGCGAGGCACAAAAAUGGAGCACAGAACUCUACUAGAUAUGUUGCGUGCUUUAGAUUCCUGUUUGUAAAGCCAGUGGCUGUUUUCUUCAUACAUGUAGGCCUCUUUAACAAACAGGGAUAUAGAAACAGUGAACACACACGCACGCGCACAUAUGCAUGGAGAAUUCAAACUCAUAUACAAACACAUUGUGCACAGAGAGAUCCGCACACAUACACAGAAGCCAGACUACGUUAUAGUUCUAUAGUCAGAAUAACAGCUGCAUUGUCUCGGCUGAAUACUUGCUAACGAGUUGUGUUGUUGUGGCGUCCUGUCUGAUAUAUAAUCAACAUCACAGGUCGUCAUGACAACGACCUCUUCACGGCCGUAACCUAAAAGGCUACAGCUCUUUGGGCGGCAAUACACCCUUUUUAACCUGGCAGUGCUUACACGCGUGCAUGCACACACAUACACAUACACACACACACACACACACACACACACACACUCACACACACACACAAACACGCACACACACACACACACACACACACACACACACACACACACACACACACACACACACACACACACACACACACAGUGACAGGAAAAACAUAAAA